CCGAGAAGGGGCGGGGUGGGUCGGGACGGGAGUUUAAUUGCGUGCCCGGGAACUGCGCCGAUUUGGACUUUUGGCACUUGGACGUAUGCUUUAAAAAGAAAAAAGUGUCAUUGGCGUGGAGUGGGGCUAGUGGAGGGUGAAGUGAAUGCGCCGUUUGGAAACCACAGGACAGUGAACGUUUUGUCUUUCCCAGCGAGACUCUCCCGCGAGCCCGGCGGCCGCCUCGGGAGCCCGGCGGAAACAUGGCGGCGCCCGGAUCCCGUGGCCGCAGCCUCUCCGGCCUGCUCCCCGCGCAGACCUCGCUAGAGUACGCCCUGCUCGACGCCGUUACCCAGCAGGAGAAGGACAGCCUGGUCUACCAGUAUCUGCAGAAGGUGGACGGCUGGGAGCAGGACUUGUCAGUACCCGACUUUCCGGAAGGAUUAGAAUGGCUGAACACAGAAGAGCCUAUUUCUGUCUACAAGGAUCUAUGUGGAAAAAUAGUCAUCCUUGAUUUCUUCACCUACUGCUGCAUGAACUGUAUUCACCUAUUGCCUGAUCUCCGUGCAUUAGAGCACACAUACUCUGAUAAAGAUGGUCUUCUCAUUAUUGGUGUUCACUCAGCUAAGUUUCCAAAUGAAAAAGUCCUGGAUAACAUUAAGAGUGCUGUUCUUCGAUACAACAUCACCCACCCUGUGGUUAAUGAUGCAGAUGCCAGCCUUUGGCAAGAACUAGAAGUUUCCUGCUGGCCAACUCUAGUCAUACUUGGACCUCGCGGAAACAUGUUGUUUUCUUUGAUUGGAGAGGGACACAAAGAUAAAUUAUUUUUAUAUACUUCAAUUGCUUUAAAGUAUUACAAAGACAGGGGGCAGAUCAGAGAUGAUAAAAUUGGAAUAAAACUCUAUAAAGAUUCUUUGCCACCUUCACCAUUGCUGUUUCCUGGCAAAGUAACAGUAGACCAAGUUACUAAUAGAUUGGUAAUAGCAGACACUGGACAUCAUAGAAUUUUGGUCGUUUGGAAGAAUGGACAAAUUCAAUAUAGCAUUGGAGGACCCAACCCUGGAAGAAAAGAUGGAAUAUUUUCAGAAUCAACUUUCAAUUCUCCACAGGGUGUAGCCAUAAUGAAUAAUAUCAUAUAUGUGGCAGACACUGAAAACCACCUUAUAAGAAAGAUUGACCUAGAGGCUGAGAGGGUGAGUACUGUAGCUGGCAUUGGAAUUCAAGGUACAGAUAAAGAAGGUGGAGCAAAAGGAGAACAACAACCCAUUAGUUCCCCUUGGGAUGUAGUUUUUGGAACAUCAGGUUCAGAGGUCCAAAGAGGUGACAUUUUGUGGAUAGCCAUGGCAGGGACUCAUCAGAUAUGGGCACUCCUACUGGACUCUGGCAAACUGCCAAAGAAAAAUGAGUUAACAAAAGGAACCUGCCUUAGGUUUGCUGGAAGUGGAAAUGAAGAGAAUCGAAACAACGCCUAUCCUCACAAGGCAGGUUUUGCCCAACCUUCAGGCCUUUCCUUGGCCUCUGAAGAUCCCUGGAGCUGCUUGUUUGUAGCAGAUAGUGAGAGCAGUACAGUGAGAACCAUUUCUCUGAAAGAUGGAGCAGUGAAGCACCUCGUAGGAGGAGAAAGAGACCCCAUGAAUUUAUUUGCUUUUGGUGAUGUUGAUGGAGUAGGAAUCAAUGCAAAGCUUCAGCACCCCCUUGGAGUAACAUGGGACAAAAAAAGGAAUUUACUUUAUGUGGCAGACUCCUACAAUCACAAGAUUAAAGUUGUGGAUCCAAAAACAAAAAACUGUACAACAUUAGCAGGAACUGGAGACACAAAUAAUGUUACCAGUUCCAGUUUUACCGAGUCAACUUUUAAUGAACCAGGAGGCUUGUGUAUUGGAGAGAAUGGACAAUUAUUGUAUGUGGCAGACACCAAUAAUCAUCAAAUUAAAAUAAUGGAUUUAGAAACAAAAAUGGUAUCUGUGCUCCCCAUCUUCAGAUCUGAAAAUGCUGUAGUAGAUGGCCCAUUCCUGGUAGAAAAACAGAAGACAUUACCCAAACUACCUAAAUCUGCUCCAAGCAUUAGGCUUUCCCCUGUGACUGUGUGUGCUGGCCAGACUCUUCAGUUCAAACUCAGAUUGGACCUCCCAUCAGGGUCAAAGCUAACGGAAGGAGCACCCAGUUGCUGGUUUCUAAGAGCUGAAGGCAAUGAAUGGCUGCUUCAAGGACAGAUGCCAUCUGGAGAUAUAGAGAACAUUUCCAGUCAACCAACAAUUUCACUACAAAUUCCUGAUGAUUGCUUAUCACUUGAAGCCAUUGUAUCUGUCAGCGUGUUUCUUUAUUACUGUAGUGCAGACAGCAGUGCUUGCAUGAUGAAGGCAAUUUUGUUCAGUCAGCCUUUACAAAUAACGGACACACAGCAAGGUUGCAUAGCUCCAGUAGAGCUCAGGUAUGUAUUUUAGCCAGCCAGCUAGCUAGCAACCCAUUGCCACCACCUGCUGUCCCCCAUCCUGACUGUUUCUGUAAUUUAAGGAAAGAAAACUUCAUUUCUGCCUCUGGAUAACAAGAUGCCCAUUGCUCAGUUCUAAUAACUGAUAUUAAAAUAAAGCUAUGCUUCUUACUUUUUUUAUUAUAAACAAACUCCUUUGCUCUGGCUAAUACUAGCUGAGUCAUUGAUCAUCAUUGGAACUAUGAUACUGUAAUCUGUGUUGCUAUUUGGCAUAAGACUGAAGUUCACACUACAGUAGAGAAUACUAUAAGAUAAUUUGCAAUGAAUACUGAUAAUAAUAAUACCAGAUAUUUUAACUAACUUUUUCUACCUUUAUUAAUAACAAUCAGUACACUUGAAUGUGUAAAUUUCACAGUAACUUUAGGCGGAACUUAAGCUCCGGUCCACAUUUGUAUAAGAACACCAAGUAUUCAAGGCAUAAAGUCUGUUGUAAGCCAAAAAAAAGUCUUUUCAUUGCUAUAGAAGCUUAAGGAGUACAUCAGUGGUAAAUACGAUCUUUAUUCUCUUCUGUGGUUUUCUCAGUUGAGAUAUUUUUAAAAGAGAGUUUUUAUCUAUUUUUAUUAUAAAUUAUUCGUUGUUUAACAUACCAUUAUGAAUGCCUUAAAACUGUACAGAUAAAGUUGGACAUAGAAUCUCUAAGCACCGACUCCUUUAGCUGUUUUUGAGUGACUGUAUUACCAGAUAAUCCCAGAAGUAUUAUGACUUUCAAGGAAAAAGGGACUUCAGGACACAUUACUUAUUGUCUGUGAUAAAUAAUUUAUUUUGACAGCUAAAUUUGAUGGUUAUGUAUCUUGUUUUGGAAAUGUACAUUUCACUUGUAAGCAUUAAAUGCAGAUUUGUUGGGUUUAGGUUUUGAGGUUUUUUGUUCCCCUAGUCAGAAUUUAAAUUAUGGUCAUUUAUUGUGAUGUUUUUAAAAAUCACUUUUAAGCCUUCAAAGCAAAAUUUUCAGUGUGAGGUGCUUUAAUGCUGUUAAUAGAUACAGUAUAUCCUAAUAUAUUACUCUUCAAAAUAUUAAGGCCGUAACAGUGAUUUAAUGAUACUAUUUUUAAAUUUUUGGUUUUUAACCCUUAAAAAAGAUACUGAAAAGGUUUUUUUCUAUUGUCAUAGUUUAUAACUACUUAAAAGCCUCAUCUUGUUUUUCUUAAGACCUAUUCAACAUGUUUGUGAUUUAAUCAGCUUACAAGAUUUUAAACACAUCAGGUAAACCAUGUUUAUUUAUUCAAUAAUUAUUUAUAGACAUUAUGGCAUAAUAUGCUUCCCUUCCCUGUAAAAACAGUGCUAAAUUUGAAGUGUAAUCUUUUUUAAGCAUCAUUAUCUAUUUUUAAUUUUUUUUUUUGAAAUGUAGUACUAGUUUGUUUUAUUCAAAGGUUAGCUGAAUCUCUGAAGUAAGGAUGUAUAUAAAUCAUGACAUUGAUUUAAUCAGUCAUCUGCUGAAACUACUUUUACAGAGAAAUAUAGAUAUAAAAUUAAAAGGAAUCCUGUUUAAAAUUAUAUGUAAUUACCUCAUAAACCUUUUCUCUCCACAAGCAAUCAAAAAAAUGAAAUGUUCUGUAAUAAAAGGGUGUAUAACAUACUCUCUUUUAUGGAGAAUAGUCCCUAGUUAUUUUAUUUUAUUUUACUUUAUUUUUGAGACGUAGCCUGGCUCUGUGGCCCAGGCUGGGAGUGCAGUGGCGCGAUGUAGGCUCGCUGCAACCUCUGCAUCCCAGGUUCAAGAGAUUCUCCUGCCUCAGCCUCCCAAGUAGCUUGGAUUACAGGCACACGCCACCAUGUCCAGCUAAUUUUUUUGUAUUUUUAGUAGAGACAGGGUUUCACCAUGUUUGUCAGGCUGGUCCCAAAUUCCUGGCCUCAGGUGAUCCGCCCGCCUCUAUCUCCCAGAGUGCUGGGAUUACAGGCGUGAGUCACCGUGCCCUGCCAGCCGGCCUUAGUUAUUUUUUAAUCUCAUUUGACUUACUAUAUUUCUCAUUUCUAGAUGGACAGGAUGAGAAUAUUUUGGCCCAAUCAUUUUCUGUUUAAGGACAUAAACCAUUUCACACUUAAGAAGUAUAUACAAUUUUAAUUUGCUAAUUUAGAAAUAUCUGACAAUUUAUUUUUCAAUAUAAUAUACAAACACAAUGUUUGUUACACAUGUUCAUGUACAGUGAAAAUGCAAAGGCAUUUUUUAGAAUCUAUUCCCCUUCAUUUGUCUAGACAGUUUUAGGUUAGCCUUAGCUUAUACUUUUCUUGACUUUCAAAAUACAGUUUUAUUGAACAUUCUUAUUCUUACCAACUGCCAGUCUGCAUUGUUUUUGACAUUAAAAGUAUUAUUUAUAUAGAUUAAUAUGAUUUUGAAUAAAUCACACUUAAGCAAUAUAAAUAGGUUCCUAGAGUUUAUGACGAGGAUAAACCUCUCACAUAAGAAGAAGCACUAGAAAGUUUAUUUUUGAAACUCGAUCCAUAUCCUGUAAGGACUUCUGCAUAUUUUUUAUCUUUUGCUUUUCUUGUUGCAUAAAUUAUUAUGUCCAGUGAUAGUUUAAAAAGAACAAGAUUUUAGUGUAAGUCACCUCAAUUGAAAUGCCAGUAAUGUAGCAUUACAUACAUUUUAUAUAAUACCUGAAUCUUUGCCCUAAAUUAUUCUGCUAGUUUGUCACUGAUUUUUUCCUCUUCUCUUUAUUUUCACAAAUGGUAGAAUUUCUUGAUAUGAUUCCUGUAAAGAGUUUAGCUUAUCUUGAACAUUCUGUCUUAAGCAAAUAUUUAACAAGGGAAAACUUUGUAGUUCAAUCACCCAUAAGUGUAACUCUAGCAAAAUUCAAUGACUAUGAAAAAUAAUUUCUUUCUUACCUGUUCUAAUAAUAGUUAUAGUGUUAUCAAACCUUCAGAAAGCUAUAAAUCCUAACACAGCCAGAAAAAAAAAAAUUUAGUAUGUGUAUAUUUAUGUAGGGGUGUGUGUACAUACACAAAGAUUAAGAAUUAUUUGUGAUUCUUUUAUGGCCAAUAUACUUUUGAGCUUAUACAACUGAGAUAAAUUACUCUUUGCUUGUUUUUCUGUAAUUGGAAAAUUUAGGAAGAUAUUGAAAAUACGUAUCUCUAUAAUGUAAUAAUUUUCUGCCCGCACAAAGUUUACUAUUUUAAUAAUUUUAGUAAUUUAUGUCUACCAAUUACAAAUACAGUAGUUACAUUUGGCAUCACAUUUAACCACAGUCAUCAAAAUCUACUUAAAUUCUAUAGUUGACAGUUACAUAAGAAUAUAUACAGUGGGAAAAUGUCAGUGGUUCUUGUGAAUGAUGGAAUUAUGGAUGUUUUUAUUUUAAUUCUACUUUGCUGUUUGUAUUUUUUUUUUCUUUUCAGUGAGCAAUGUGUUAUUUUUAAAAUCACGGUGGAGGGAAACCCAUAAAGUUUAAAGAGUUAAAGUUAACUGAAUCAUAAGCACUUAUAUAAUAACUUUUUUAAAGUCAUUUUUAUUACCAAAGCUCAGAACAUUGUCUGGAAUCCUUUGAUCUACCGGUUCUCUUAAGUAUGUGAUUUUGUGAAGAUAGCAAUGGUUAUAGCUUCUUUUGUUCUGGUAUUUUUAUUGUGUAACGUAGCGUAGUGGUUAAGAGCUUGGAUUUUGCAGUAACUUGGAUUCUGAUCCUUUAAAAUGGGGCUAAUGUACCUGCCUUAUAUUCAGUGAAAUAUUGUGUGUAAAGCGCUUAGUAAUUAAUGAAACUGUUAAUUAUUGGCUUAGUUACUAUAAUGCUAAUUUGGGACCAUAAACACAUAUCACCCUACAUUUUCUUUGCAACUGCAAUUUGUAAAGGAAAAUCUCCCACUAACUAUUGGUUAUGUUAAUAUUCUUCAUAGAGUUGGGUUCAAGAAGAGAAAUGUUUUAUAGUGAAGCAUAUAACUAUUUUAUAAACAACAUUGUAGUUAUAAAGAAGCAUGCCUAUAGUGUCAUUAAAUUUUUUUAAACACUUUCUGGAGCUAUAGGUAAUGAACUUGCUUUGAGAGGGUCCAGACAUACUCAUCCUAAACCACAUUCCUACAACUUAUGCCCAACAGCUUGCACCAGAGUACUUAUAUCUUAACCAAAAAGUUUCACUCCAGUGGUGCUUCACAAAAUCUUGAAAGUGCUUUCACAUAUAUUGCCUCAUUUGAGCUUCAAAUAACCUUAUAAAUCGGUCAGGUAGAUGUUAGUUUACAGAGGAGGAGACAGCUUUGCGAUAGUGGUGACAUAUCUGAAGAAUAGAAAACUCCCAGAAUAGCGCUCGAUGCCUAAAGUAGUGCCUGGUGCCAGCAGAUGUUCAGUUCUGUCAAACAAGGGGAAAUAGUGAGUGGUGGAGCCUUUAUUCAGACACAGGUCUCCUCGUUCCUAACUCUUAAGAUGCAGGGGGAAAACAAACUGCUCAAUUAAGAGUUCUUCCGUGGACGUUUUCUUAAGCCUUCAAAUAAACAGAAUAAUAGAUAUUUAUUGAGUAGAUAUUUAUUGAGUUCUAUUUGCCAGCACUCAUCUAUUAGUGAUGAGUGACCUUAUGUGAGAAAUACCGUUUUUCCUUAUUUAAUUGGUGAAGAAACACACAGAGAGGGUAAGCAUAAUCAAAUACACCAGCAUAACCAAAAUCACACAUUUAGGGAGUGGCAGGGCCUGUUGGGAGUCUGCUCAACUCUCUGCUAUAUUGCCUCUCAAAGUAGGUAUUCUUAAAACAUAAAUCUUUCAUAACUUUAUAUAUUUAUAGUAACUUAAUCCAAAGAACCCCAAAAGUACUAGCAAUGAUUGUUUCUGCAAUUUAAAUCUAUUUAAUUAAGCAACUAUGCAUUAUAUACUGUUAUUCAGACCUUGGAACAGUCUAUAAUUGUUGUUUGUCAAAAGAUUUUAUGUACUAAUUUUUCUUAAUUUCAGAUACUAUCCAGAGUUUUUCUUGGCAGAUAGAUGUAUUAAAAAAAUAGCUUUCCCAUGUUAGCUGUUUCAAAAAUUGUUUCAAAAGUUCUAACGGUUGGUCCUCAAAAGGUAAUUAAGACCUUAUCAUAAAGAGCCUUUUGCACAGGACUAUCUCAAACCCUAAGGAGGUUAUUCAUAUUUAAGAAAAUUUUGUUGUAUUAAAUAUUAGUCCAAGUGAGCUCUAGAAAUAUAGUCUUCUGCUUUCUUGUUUCAUAAAUAACACUGGUAUGUAGACCCCUCCCCAUGACUCAAAUAUUAAUAUAUGCAAUUCUGUUUUAGUAAAGUUUUUACCAUGGUCAACUUAUUCCAGCAUUAGGUACUUUUUGUUGUUGUUUGUUUGUUUUUGAGAUGGACUCUUACUCUGUCACCCAAGCUGGAGUGCAGUUGUGCAAUCUCAGCUCACUGCAAGCUCCGCCUCCUGGGUUCAAGUGAUCCUCCUGCCUCAGCCUCCCAAGUAGCUGGCGCUCACCACUGCUGGUACCCACCACAAUGCCCAGCUAAUUUUUGUAUUUUUAGUGGAAACAGGGUUUCACCAUGUUGGCCAGGCUGGUCUCGAACUCCUGACCUUAUGUGAUGCACCUGCCUUGGCCUCCCAAAGUGCUGGGAUUACAGGCCUGAGCCACCAUAGCCAGCCUAGCAUUACUUGCUAUUUUUUUGUUUUGUUUUGUUUUUGGUUUUCUUUGAGGUGGAGUUUUGCUCUUGUUGCCCAGGCUAGAGUGCCAUGGCGCAAUCUCAGCUAACUGCAGCCUCCACUUCCUGUAUUCAAGCAAUUCUCCUGCCUCAGCCUCCUGAGUAGCUGGGAUUACAGGCGCCUGCCACCACGCUUAGCUAAUCUUUUGUAUUUUUAGUGGAUGUGGGGGUUUUGCCGUGCUGGCCAGGCUGGUCUCGAACUCUUGACCUCAGGUGAUCUGCCUGCCUUGGCCUCCCAAAGUGCUGGGAUUACAGGCAUGAGCCACUUUGCCCAGCGCACUAAGUACUAUUAAAAGAAAUUAAGCAAAAUGCUAUGUACCAAUGAUUAUGAUUCAUGAUCACGUAAACACAGAAUGCAGACUUAUCUUUUCAUUCUCACUGUGCUAAUUAAGUAGUAGUAUGGUACAGUAAAGAAUUUGUUAAUUUUCUUAUAAACUCCCUCUCCUGAAAUCCAUAAGGAAAUGUGAUAAUAAGAAAGUGAUAAUAGUGUCAUAUUUUAAAAGUAGAAUCCCCUGUUAAUCACCAAGAUUACCUUUUCUUCCCCCUGUGGCACAGUUUAUUUAAAUGAAGUAUUAGCAAUAAUCAUGUCACUAUUUUGUCCUGAAUAAUUAAGAGUUUGCUUUUUUCCCAUGUCUUUGCAAUAGGAUAAUAUAAGCAAUAGUAUUAAAAGUCAAAGGCUUUACUAAUCUAGCUAUAUGUAUUCCAUGACUAACAAACCCUGGCCCCUUCACCUAUGAGUGCUAGAGGUUCGCCUGGCUGCCUCUGGCUUACAGAAGGCUGCCCCAGUCACGGAGCCUGGGUAAGGUGGAACAGGAGGCAGCCUCACUUGGCUUUUCUGAUUGCACCCCACCUGUUUCUGAGUGUUGGUUUGGUUUAAUUCUUCUCAAGGGUUGGAGUUGGAAAGUGAAAACCAUAGACAUUCGCUGUGGAAUGUUUGCCUGGUUGUUUUGGUGUGUCCCUCUUCUUCACUGGCAUGUCGCUUUCAAGUGUACCAAAGGACAUUUUGUUCUGUUGAAAGCCCCAGGACCAAAAGGAAAGUAUUGCAACUAUUUGCAAACAUACUUCCCUACCUAUACGAGCAGCCGUAUACUAAAAAGCACUAAACAAGCACGAACAAACACUAAAUAGCCUUAUACCAGAAAGCAUUCUUGUAACUGUCAGGGCAUGGUAUGAAUUCCUUCCUCUUUAAGCAGCAACUUACUACAGGCUUGUUGGCUUUAAGUGAUAUAGAAUUACACAAAUGGUCAGUUAUUUUUUAAUGUUGAAAACUUGAAAGUGUGAGUAAUAUGGACAUAGUUUACUACCUUUUGCUUUUAAUAUACUUGGUUAUGUAUUUCCGUUUGAAAUAAAAUGAAAGGAGACCUCAAACUAAUGCUGCGAAGUAGACAAAAUCAGCGCUCAGAUUUAAAUCCGCCCAAUUUAAAUAGUUUUUUUUUCCCUUCCCUUUUUUUUUUUUUUUUUUUUUAAGAGACAGGGUCUUGCUCUGUUGCCCAGGCUAGAGUGCAGCAGUGACGUGAUCAUAGCUCACUGCAGCCUGGAACUCCUGGGCUCAGGAUCCUCCUGCUUUGGCCUCCUGAGUAGCUAAGACCACAGGUGUGUGCCACCACACCUGGCUAAUUUCUUAAAAUUUUUUUGUAGAGAUGGGGUCUUGCUUUGUUGCCCAGACUAGUCUCGAACUCCUGGCCUCAAGCCACCGGCCUCGCAAAGUGCUGGGAUUACAAACAUGAGCCACCAUACCUGGCCUGUUAUUCCUUAUUUAUCUAAUGUGUGCUAAGCUCAUGAAAAAUAUAUGUUGGGGUAAACAGGGCAAAACGUUAGUUGAGAAAUUAUGCUAAUUAAUGGGAAAAAUAGACACAUUCCUCUCUGAACAUUUAGAAGGACUCUGCCCUACAACUAUCUUCUGUUUUUAGAAUUUGUAGUCACUGUUCUUAGUGCCACUGGAAAUAUAUUCAUUCUUUGAGCAUGUGCAGGAUGGGCUGCCUGUUGUAUUUAUUACACUUUUCAAAAUGCUAGCAAGUUUUUGUUUGUAUAGAGUUGGAAUGUAUUGUUCAUGCAUGCCUGUGAUAUUCAUCAUCAAAAUAUACCUGUAAAAAAUAAACCAUCGCUUCCUCUCCACACCUUAGGCCUCCCUCUUACUAAAAACAAUAGUAGUUUCUGUAGAAGUUUUGGUGAGAAAUUAUGGUUAUAUAAAUAACAGAUACGGCAGAACAAGUUUUGUUGUAGUAUUUUUUUCCCUAGCAUUUCUUAAUAAUAGCUCAGUUUUCAAAGGAGGGGAACAAUACCCCAUGUGAGUUCAAAUUAAUUUUCUCUACUUUGAGGUAUACCUUCCUAAUUAUACUUUACAUAGGCUAAUUUUUUUAAGUUUAAAUUCUCGCUGUUAAGUUGCAUUGAGAAACAAUUAGAAAUGUUGUAAUUGUCAUCUCUUUACAUGUGGAUUAUGAACAAAUGAAAGUUUGCUGUGUGAUUGCAGUUUCAAAUUAUAACAUUUCAUAAAUAUGUCAGUUUUAGAAACUCAGACUCUUUCCCAUCUUUUGUAUGGAUAAAGUUUAUGGUUUCAUUUCUGAGAAUAGAGUUGGUCUGCUGUGCUAACUUCAUGUUUCUCAUUCCAAAGGCUUGAUUAUAUUUUUUCCUCUGGUGAUUAAAAAUGCAGCGAAAAUCCAAUUUACAAGUUCAUAUAUUGAUAUUUCUAGACAUAGUCUAGUUCUAAAAGAAUGUACUUGGUGUGCAUUUUUAAGUGUUUCAUGUAGACAGAUUAAUAUAUUUUUGUACAACAUUGUAUUUCUACAUGUAUUUAAAGACUACUUUUCGGUGACUUUUUCAAGUGCAUGUGUUAACAGAAGAUUGGAAUGAGCGUGCAGUGGCUUUACUAGUCAGGAGAAGUGUAAUACAAGUGAUCAUAGAAGGUGAGAAUGUGUUUAAACUGUACAUGGAAACCUAAUGCCUCUUUUCUAACGCUUUGUACAUUUUUUUCGUGAAAUAGAUUAAAUAUUUUCUCUCUAAAA